GAGCAGAGCGGUGAUGAAUUGGAAAGAUGACACGAGGCCCGGGAUGCGUAUAUUUUGCUGCUGUUGCUGCUGCAUGACUCCACGACGUCAGCAGCAGCCAGGGAGCCGCGGCGCGUCACGGUGGUCUCCCCCUCCAUAGUGCCGGGGUCUGCGGGAGUAGGGCCGCCGCCGCCGCCAGACACGGAGCUCAGCGGGCAACUCACGGUCACAGCAGCGACGUGCGCGCUCGGUUGUUCCCGCAGCCGGAAACGAGAGGAACGUCUUCCCAGCACCAAGCGAGAGGAAAGGCGCUGCGCUGGGCUCCUAGCUGCAUCGUGACCCGUCGCGUCUGCAAGCCGGCCAAGGUGAGCUGAGCCAAGCAGACCAGCGGCGGCCGCCCAGCCCCGAGGUAGCGGGAAAGGUGCCCAGGCGCGCCAUGGCGCCGCCGGAGAUCCGGCUGUAGCCGCCGCCGGCUUCGUCAACGGAGGCUCCUGCCCGACAGCCCCCUCCGAGGAGAGCGUCCCGCCACUGCCGCCGCCAUGGAGAAGGCCGGCUCCGUGCACACGUCGGUGCCCACGCCGCCGCCGCGCCUCUACCUCCCGCGCAACUUCAGCUGCAGCGCCUGCCUCUACGGCAGCCUAGCCGACCAAUGCAAGGGGGGCUGCAGCCCGGAGCCCGAGACCGUCGAGGGGCCGCUGUCGUCGUCGUCUCCACCGCCGUGCUCCUCGCCGCCGCCGCCCUCCCCGCCGGUGACCCGAGAGGCGGUGGCAGCGGCUGUUGCCCAGAAGCCGCACCCGCUGCCCCCUCCUCGCUCCCCGUCGCCGCCGACCUCCCCUCCGCCCGCGUCGCCGUCUUCCCGCGGCCGGGAGCCCACGCUGCCGUCGGUGCCUCCCAGCCCGACCCUCCGGCGCCGAGCCAAGUCUCUGCCCACGCCGGGCGAGCGGGGCUUACGGCCGGCCCUGCAGCAGAGCCCGUCUCGCCGCAAAACGGUGCGCUUCGCCGACUCGCUGGGCCUGGAACUCAUUGCCGUGCGCCACUUCUGCCAGGCCGACGUGCCCCGUGUGCCGCCGGCGGCGCCGCUGGCCGCCUCGCCUUUCCCACUGCCGCGCGCCGCCGACCUGCUCAAGACGCGCAAGCCGCCGUCGCUGGGCGAGCUGGAGCCGGUGCUCUUCGGGCCUCCGGCGCCCGUGCUGGAGCCCCUCUUCCCACCGCAGCCGGGCGCCAGCGCGGGUUUCGGCGAACGCGUCCGGCAGCACAAGGUGAAGCUGGAGUGGGUGCGCCCCGAGGCGUCGGGGCUGCGCGGCGCCGUGCGCGUCCUCAACGUGGCCUUCGAGAAGAGCGUGUCUGUGCGCUACACGCUCAACCGCUGGGCCAGCUGCAACGAGAUGCCCGCCGCCUACCUGCCGCCGCCGCCCAACGGCCUCAGCGACCGCUUCGCCUUCCACCUGCCCGUGGGCGCGGGCACCACGCUGCUGGAGUUCGCCGUUCGCUACCGCGUGGCCGACGCUGAGUACUGGGACAACAACGACGGCCACAACUACCGGCUGCGCGCCAGGCAGAGGCCGCCGGCCGCCUCGGGCCACGAACCGGGCGGCGGCGCCUGGAUCCACUUCAUCUGAGGAAUGAGGCGCGCCUAGGUUCCGCGACGGCUCGAGGGGCCUCCUCUCCACCUUGGCCAGAGCCCUCUACCGGGAUCCGGCGGCGGAGAGCCGCAGGCUCCUUUCCCUCGACAGAUAUGGCGACAUACAGGAGAGUUUCUUUUAGGAUAGGGCGCAUGGUCGGACGUGAGGACUGUGAGGACCGAGGAGGAAAAUGAUCCGUCGUUAAAGGCUGAGCCGUGGGGUGGCUCUUCUCUGUUAUGCUCAUCUUUCCUUAUGGCCAGUGGAUGUGGAAAACAGAGUCCAAAAGUCCCCUUCCCAAAUUAACCUCCAUUGGAUUGCAAUAGGUAAUAGCUUUGUUUGUUUGUGGCUUACUUUAUCCAUCUCCAACCACCUUUAAGUUGCCCUCCAACCAGCCUUGAUCAAAUCUCUCUUGACAAGGAGGCUUGCGGUUCUAAUUAGAGAUUUAACGGUAGGUAAGCACCAUGACAACUCCAGCUUAGUACUCAGGCAGAGCAAUCUCUGGGUAUAGUAACACCUAGUACUGCAAUGAAGGCAGGCCUGAUGGAAUGCUCCUCUUUUAGAAAUAAGAAACCCCUCCAGCAUGAAAAUUGGCAUGUCAGAGGGAAGGUUAUAAUACAACGCACUCCCACAUGCUAGUUUUCUGUGUGUGGGGAUUUUAAAAAGACACUCCAUCAUAUGAGACAUUCCCGCAGUUUGAGGCUGUCCAGCCCAGACACAGGUUAACUUCCUCAGUGAGGAGUAGGUGACAUACAUUAUACCAUAAACAGAGAACUCGCUGUAGAAACUCUCCCUCACUGCAUUUUGCUUAAGUGUAGAAUCUUCUCCCAUAUCCGGAUCAGGGAGAACCAGCCUGCAAUUUGCAGCAAGAGCUGGCUGUGCACAGUGCUGAUUGGCUGAAGGCUAAGUGACAUCACUAGCCCACAUUUCCCCUUUUCCCUGGAAUAGGUUUUCAGCAAGAAAAAGAAACAAAUCUCUUUUUAAAAAGAGGAAAGAGGGAGUGAAUAUACAUUUAAGCUAAUCAAUGUGCAAGCAGUAUCUUUCAAAAGAUGGCAGGUAGCCUGCCUGAAGCAGUGGGAAAGGGCAAUGCAGAUUACUGAAUCAGUACAAUUGAUUUGUCUGCAUCUUGAAUGGGGGAGAAGGGGUGAGCCAGGCUCAAGCUGCUGGGAGGUUGGGGGGGACGACACAUGAUCUGCCCGUCCACUUUUAUUGCCUAGUUAAAUGUGUUUAGGUCUGGGUGGUUUCAGUUCACCAUGAUGUGAGAAGAAUCUGCACAGAAAGCCCAGUCUCUUGGGAUGUGGUCUGUUCAUGUCUAGAAUUCAGCAGAGCACAGCGCUGCUCUCUCAGUUCCACUGAGGGUUUUGUAAGUGUCUGCUUUUGAGAGGUUAUGCAGUGAAGUUUCUUUCUAGAUCAGGGAAGACUUACUCAAGCCCCACAGUCUUCUCUUCCUCAAGCUGGUCUGGACCACGAAACCUUGUCUCCUGUUCUCAUGCGGGUACCUUCUCCUCUGCUGUUCUUCACUUGCUGUGUCUUGAAUUGUAAGAUGUUCCCUUAUUUAUAUACUCCACCAGAUGAUAUUUUUGAAAUUGUGUGUUUCCAGGUUAAAUACAGAUGGUUUAUAUUUUAUAUUUUGAGAAAUGUAUUGGGGGAAGGGGAGGGGAGGAGCUGUUUCAAGCUUCUGUCAGAGGAACAACUUGCAGGCAAAGUACGGGAAAGUAGUGUUGUAAUAACUUGCUAGGGCAACGAUUUCUUAUCAUUGUAAGCUUCCUCCUUUUUUCCCUCAGUUGUUAUGAAACAGCUGCUUGUAGUAUAACAAACUAGGAUAUUACACCAGACUGUAACAGAGUGACAAGAUGUGUAAACCAGUGGCUUGAUACUAUUUUUGACUAGGUGUUCGGCGCAGAACUGGAAAACUAUUUCCAAUUCCUAAGUGUGUUACCAUUUUUAGGUGCUGGAAUCAAAUUUUGAGGCACUGGUGCUGCAGAUGGCUGAAUAAUUAUUUCAAAUUUCUAAGUGCUUAGGGCUACCUGAGAUUGUCCCAAUUGUGCCUGAAAAAGCAAACAAGUGUUCUGCAUCAGAAAGGAUACGACACCCAAGGGAAAUGGUGAAAAAAGCAUAGAGCCUAACCUGCUUUUUGGCUGUACUUGCAACCUGGACCUAAGUAUAUGUGUUCUGAAGGCAUUUUGGCUUACUCUCGAGUCAGUGUGCAUGCAGACUUAGGCCAAGAAUUUGAAAAUGAAAGCAUGUGUGCUCCAACAAUUGUUCUGCUGAUUCCAAAUGACUAGAGAUUCAUGUACAAAUCCUGUACCCAGCCGAUGGUGUUAUGGCUUCCUCUUAGCUUGAACACUUGUCCACAGGAAUCUGAUGCUGGCACCCUGGGAACUGAAUGUUUUCCUGAGCUCUCUCAGGACUGGCACCUAACAGUUUGGGUAACUGCUUACGAUUUUGAAAUAUUUUUUUCCAGCCUUGCUUUCCGGAUCAACAUAUUAAAAGUCCACUGAAACCUAGGUGUUCUCUUUGCGUGUGCAUCGGUCUUUGGCUUCAUCAAAAUGUGCACUCUUGGUGAGCCACUGGUAUUCCUGUAAAUAUGUAUUUGAGUUAUUCUGUCACUGCUGAAGCUUCUGUGUGCUGUGAACCACUAUUAUCAUGAAAUGCAUGCAGUAUAGCCAUGUUUAAGUUGAAUGGGAAACAAUGGCUGUGUCCACACAUAACACUAAACCAUGAUUUAGUGCUACAUGGAUAUGAGUCUCUAUGAGCCAGAGUGAAGCAGCAUGCUCAUGCACUUUCCCUUCCCCUAUCUUCCACCCCUGCAGUUGGAAGGAGCAGUUCUAUCAAGUUUAGAUUUGCUUUUAAAAAACAAACAAACAAAACAUUGGCUUAUCUUUAUGUACCAACCAAGGAUAUUGGUUAUGAAACUUGCUUGUUUAACUUUCUAUCAUUUGUUGUAAAGCAUGGUCCCUGGUUUGUACAUAACACUGAACUGAGAUUCUAUGGAGGCAAAACAAGACUCAGCAAAAUUCCCCCACCUGUGUGGGAGAAGAAGAGACAUGGUGGAAGAGUAGGAUGAGGACAAAAUCCAUUUCAAGAUGAACAUACCUCAUCUGUACUUUCCACAACAAUCUGCGAACCGAAAUGCAGCCAUCCUUUGAAAUUCACACUUCAAUGAAUUUUGCAGAACAGUUCCCCAGACAAGUAAGGUGAACAAACAUGCACAUACUAGGGUAUAGUGCAUCUGUUAAUGAAAAUAACAUAGAAUGCAGUAUAGCAGGAGAUUGAAAGAAAGCACUAUCGACAUACUUGCUCAUCCCUAGGGGAGAGUGCACAGACCCAAUAUUUCACUUGGGCUCAUGGAAUUUCUUCCACAUAGUGCUAAAGCCAUGUUUUUGUGUUACUUGUGAACUGGAUAGGGGAGUAUAACACUCAAACCACAGGUCCGAGUUAUGUGGAUACAUGAAAAAGUCUUGGAAAACAGAGUGAAAAGGAAUUGAAUCAGAAUUUUCUUUAGACAAGGGCUUUCCCAUCAGAUACCAGAUACUCUAGCUGUACCCUGUUCCCCUCUAGAAAUUAGAAUCAGACUCUUUCUUUGUUUUUAGUUAUGUGUGGAAGGACACAUAGAAGAAAUGCUAAAUUUUCAGUGUGUGUCCCCCCAGUAUAGUACAGAGGUGGUGCAGAUGUUUCUUUUAUGGGGAACAGAUGUUUCUUUUAUGGGGAACCUUUGGCCCUCCAGAUGGUGUUGAACUUCAACACCCUUCAGCCUUGACUAUUGGCCAUGUUGGCUGUGGUUGAUGGAAGAGAGAGGUCAGUAACAUCUGGCCACCCCUGCCCUAUAUCUUAUCAGGGAUGUGAUGCAUUGUAAUCCUGUUGACUCAAGUGAGAUUUCUUGCUUGGGGUGAAUCAUGUGUGCUUUUCUGGAGAAAAGAGGCCUUAUCUUGAUUGUUAUUCAGGUGUGUUGCAAGAUGGUGGAUAAAUUUAAGUGAGAACUAAAGCUCACUUUAAAUCCAUUGGCUUAGCUGCAAUGGACAUUGGUUGUGUUGACUUUAUUCCCUUAUCAAAAUCCCUCCCACAAUGGAUGGGCACAAAAUAUAUCCACACAUAGAGCCUGGGCCAUUGAAGCUGUCAAGAGGGAGAAUAAUCCACUGAGGAAUUUUCCUGUUGCACUCCUCAGAGAUGCAGGAGACAUUUCAGCGGGGCUGAACUCUCCCGCAGAUUGUAGCCUGGGUCUUUUUGUGUUUAUUUAUUUAUGUUUAGGUCACUUCUUUGCACCUAAAGACAAGAGAGCAAACUUAAUGGUAUAUUUUAAUGGAUUUAUUUAUUUUUGCAAGCCAUCUCCUUUCUUUUCUCCUUGGAACUUCUUCAGCCCUUAUUCAGUGCAACUCACUAGCUAUUCCUCAUGGAAGGGAGAGUUGUUUGGCCUUUGACCAAGUCGGCACCACUUCUGUUGGUGCAGCAGCCCAAGAGAUGCUAACCAAUCUUGCUGCUUGCCCUGAACUGCAGAAAAAGUCAAGCACUCAGCAGGCUGCUGUGUUAGCUCAGUGGCAGAGCAUCUGCUUAGCAUGCAGAAGGUCUCUAGUUCAAUCCACAGCAUUUUCAGGAAGGGCUGGGACCCUUGUGUGAAACCCUGGAGAGCAACUGCUGGUCAUUGUGGACAGUCGUGGGCUGGAUGAACUAGUGACCUGACUCAGCCUAAGGCAGCUUCCUAUGCUCCUAGGCUAUAAUAAUAAAUAAGUUUGUAAAUAUUCCUAAUGCUGCUAUUUUUGAAACUCACCUUUGACUGCUGAUAUGCCUCUUCAUAUCAGGACCAAUGUUCUUAGGAAGGGAGGGCUUUUGGCUUAAUGUAAGCUUUUAAGCAGUAAAUACUACACAUGGUACGAAUAAUUUGCAGUUAUGAGAGGGAUAUAAAGCAACUUGUAAAGGCAAAAUAUAGUAGUCUGAGCUCGGCUGCAUCUUUGGAGCUGUUUUGAAAAACAGCCGUUCUCACAGCUGUUGCUUUGGGCAGGAAGACUGAAUGCAAAAUCGCAGCACUGCACCAGUCAGUUAAUGCCCAGCAAAUAACAAUUAUGCUUCAUGCCGCUGUAUUAAAUUCUGUGUUUCUAAAGGGUAUCCUUGCAGCAGCAUUGUCGCCUAUUUUUGUUUUGUGCCUGUGCCUUUAACACCAAUAAGAAAUUAAGCAAGUGGUACAGUUCCUGGCAUGGCAGCAGUCUGUUUCUGAGGGGUUUGGAGGUUGGGGGGGGGGGCAGUUGAACUAGAUAUUCUUAGUGAGCCCCCUUCUCCACUUCUUCACCGCAAUCGCUCUGCCCAUUCAGUUGCAGCUCCCUCUGGACCCAGUGUAUACCAUAUUGGAAGGGGCAUGCAGGAGUUCCUGUUCAUUCCCUUUGCUCUAGUCAGUGCCAGCUCCCUCACUAACAGCAAGGAGGAUUCAGAGGCUGGGCCUUCCACUGGGACACGGGCACUAGUACUGUAAAUGCCCAGUGAUAUCCUAUCCUGAUGCAAUGAGAGGUACAGCUUGACUGCUUAAUUUCUCUGAACUCUGAAGGCUCAGGAGCAACACUAGGAAGGGGGCGGAAGGGUUGCACUAUUUGAGAGUCCCGCUGCUUGUGUACUUGAAGUAUCAGUAUCUCCCCGAUGCUUACAGUGGCUUUCCAAAUGUCAGUGGGCUUAUGUGUGCAUGCUAAUACGUGGAGCAAGCCUAGAAACAAAUAUUCUUUUGAGAUACUUGACUUUUGGUCCAGCACAUGCUUUAAACUUGUGUGCUAACUGUAUUCAGAGGAGGUGGCAGUGCUUUUCCUCCCCUCCCCUUUUUCUUCCAGAAAGAGUCCUCAGACCACUUAGGUUACUUAAUCUGGAUUGGGUCUCCUGAUCUCCCAGCAAUUUUUUUUUUUAGUAAGUGAGCUGGUAGGACUGGUUUCAUACUCGAACAUGCUCUGAGCCCAUGCUUAUAUUUUUAAGCCUACAUGCAAACAUUUUCAGGAUCGGGUUCCCAGCAUGUAAAUUGCAACCAGCAGUUUUCCAAGAGAAUAUAUGGAAAACGACUAAAAGUAACUGCUAGCUACCGUCUGUAUACCUUCAAGUUCAGGGCAGCAGGCAGGGAACUGCUGCAGAUCUGUCCUUUACUUUCCAGACAAGGAGACCAAAGGUGGCCGGCAACAUUAAUACUGUACUUAACAUAUAUUGUAUCAGUGAAACGAUCUAUUAUUUGUAUACAGAGCAUUAGUAAAAUAGUUUCUUUUAAGCACUGCUAAGAACCCUGUAACACUGACAAGGAGCACUUUUAAAAACAAAUUCUGUGUGUGUUUGUGUGUAUGUAUAUCGCUACAGUCUGUAUGUAGUCAAAUGCUUACAAGAGGUUGCUGCCUAGCACUGUGAUAGAUAAAUGAGCUAGAACUCAGUGGUGUUACCUACACAAGCAGCACUUUUCUGUAUAUUGACAGCUUUUCAAGGAGCUACACUUAAACCUGGUUUCAUUGACUGUAACUUCUGUGGACCCAGGUACGAGCCAGUGAUUCAUGUGAACCAAAUGUGUACAGUAAUCUCAUAAAGCAAAGCUAUAAAGCUGUAUAUUGCCAAGGUAGAGUCUAAUAUAUAUAUAUAUAUAUAUAUAUAUAUUAAAUAGAUCUAUAUAUUUUUCCCCUGGGAGGAAACAUGAGUGUUUUUAAAUGCAAUAUAUUUUUAGAGAAACUGUCUGCUGUAUCUGUCUUAAUCUUUACACAAACCAGCGCACUCCAAUCAUCCUUUCCUCAUAGCAUUAGAAUGUCUUCCUCCAAAAGCAGAAGGUUGAGCAGUGGUUUGAAUCUGUGAAACCCUUUAGCUUCCUUGGAAGCUUAUAUGGGGUUCCUCAGUGAAGAGGAAGCAAUAGCAGGCAAGCUUCCCAGAUAAAGACAGCUUGUUCACCAUGACUAAUCUUCACUCACACAGCGUAGAGCCUCUGAGGAAUGCUGGGUAUGUUGCUCAGCCCAUGAGGGGCAGAAGUUGAGGGCCAAAAUAUCUGGCUAGGAGAGAGCUGUCAGGGCAGGAUUUUGAGGUCUCAAACUGCAGGUGCAAUUGGCUCACCACAGUGUGAAGUAAUGCACUUUCCUUCUAUAGUGGACUUCCAUUAAGUCCAGAGUCUGAAAUUACCUAACUGCACCACUGCUGGCGACGACUGAAUGUGUGAGUGCCCUAGAGAAUGUUCCAGAAUCCUUUUGUAGCCAAGUGGGGGCUCUGUGAUAGACGGUUGCGAGAUGUGCCAUAUUGAAGGUGGGAUGUUUGAAAUCCAUGGGUUUAUCAGGUAGCCGAAGUGUGUGCGUUUCCUCGUUGUAGAUGCUUUGUAGUUUAGCUUUUGUGUUCAUAAGCUUACUGCCAACAUAAUGAUGUAGCUUUAUGAAAUGUGCCAUGUUUUAUUGAAAUGUGCAAUAUUUCACGUGGUUUCUUUCAUCCGUAUAGAAAACCUUUAGUAACGCUCUCAACAAAUACAGCACUCAGGUAAAGAUUUUAGCUGCUCCUUUUUAAACUAAAUGUAUUGUCAACCCAUGAGCAUUGCUUUUAAAAGAGUGAUUAAAAUGUAGAGUGCCCCCUCUCUACCUCCCUAUAUAAAUUAUGCUGUUUAACAUGAGCUUCUCUUAGCUAUGUAAAAGUGAUUUGAGAGCUCCUGCUCUUGCACCCCUAUGCUGUUUAUCGAAAAGGGAGCUACCCAGUUGCUUUUGCUCAUAAACUACCACAUGAACAAAUGUUUGUUCAUGCAUAAGAUUGUUCUUUUAUCAGCCAGCUGAAGCAUGGGUUGAUGAGGCUGGCAGGCAAAAAUCUGCAAAAUCUAUAUCCUCGUAAAAGAAGUCAACCCGCAGUGAAUUCAGAUUGUUUAGGUGCCUUCCAAGGAUAAUCACUACAACAUCGGAUGUGGUCCUUAAAUGCUUUUCUUAAUUCUUAAAGAAUAUGUUUUAUGGCUUCAGGAGGAGUUUAUAUCAUAAACACAGAAAUUGGUCUAGCAUUUCCCCCCAUCCUGCUGUCAGAACAAUGUCCUUUGGACAUUUGAGCCAGUGUUUUCAAAAGCCCAAUGGGCUUUUAAACUUUUGCUUUUAUUGUAGUGAAAGAUGUAGCAGUGAGAAAUGUCUUUUUGUGCAUCUCUAUAAACCACAUUCAUAUACUGAGCAUAAAAAAUAAUAAUAUGACCAUAGAUCAUAGCAUAAUAUAUAUUUGCACAACUCUUAUGCAGAUGUAAUUUUACACACACACACAUGUGUAAUCAAAUCUCGGUUUUUAUGGGGUUGAUUCUGUGCAGAGUUUAUUUUACAAAUGUGUGUUAAUCUUACGCUGCAUUGGCACUCCUGGAUGGCUAUUAUUUCUCUUGCACAUUUUUUAGCAUUCACACAAAGAGGAAGUUCUUCUCUGAAGGAAUUUGCUUUUACAUUUUUCAUUGAUAUGCACGGCUCUUAUGCAAAACUUGAAUAAACUUUUGUCGUAAGUGUGUCUUGUGUGCACCCUGUGUGUCGUGGGAAAGGCUGAAUCGCAAGUCCAUUUGUCACAAAGCCCAUUGCAAGUGUGGUAGCUGUGAUCUUGUCCUUUGUAGCCCUUUGGGGGGGAUAUUUCUUUAGUGAUUAGCUUAACUUUCUGUAAAGAGUUCAUUACACAAAACCAUAAAACAUUAGCAUUGUCUUGUCACUGACUAAAAGUUAGCAUGCAAAAAGAGUAAAUGUUCUUAGAAAUAUGGUAUGUACACUAGCAGUUCCAAAGAGCAUAGGUACCCCUUUCUCCAUUUAAACGUGAUUUGUGCAACUUUAGAAUGCUUGGCCUUUGUUCUAGUUAAACACAGUCCCACAAAACAUACCAUUUCUAAAAAUGAAAACAUAUUUUUCUAUGCAAUAAUCUAUUCACCUUCUAUGUUUCAGUUUUUUUUUAUUAAGAGAGAGAGAGAGAGAGAGAGAGAGAGAGAACUUGAAAAGGACAUGACCCUAUUGCAAUUAAGCACUUUUAAGACUACAGCUCUGUCCAUGUAUACUUGGUUCUAUUGAAUUCAGGGAGACACCCUCCUAAGUAAACAUGCGUACAAUUGUACAGCAAGUUCUGUUGUUGAACUUACAUUUUAAAUUUAUUUUAUUGAAGUUGACAAGGGGUUAAGUGUUUCUGUGUUGUGAUUCCCUACAGCAAAGGGUUCAGAAAGAUUAAUAGCAGCGCAAUUAGUCUUAACACUCAAGCAGGCACCAGUAGGGUGCUGUAGAAAACUGAUUGUUAUUUUUCCAGGAAAGUUAAAUGAGAUCCUUUCUACAAUGCAAAAUGCAUUGUUGCCUUUUUGAUAAUAUGGAUUUAUAGUCCUAUUAUACCCUGUGUGUGUGUGUGUGUUUGUGUGUACCGUGGAUAGUGCUAAUGCUAGACAAAAAUAAUCUGGCAAUCAUCCACUGUUGUAGCAAUGACUAAAAUUAAUAAUUUUAAUAUUGAACACUUUUAUAUCGGACAAAUAGGUUUUGUUCUUUUUUACUCCAGCCUCACAGGCUAAGUCAUGCAAGCCUAUCCCAAGGUUACAAAAGUGUAUUUGACAGACAAAGCUAAGGUUGUGAUCCUGUACUCAAUUACCUGGCUGCAGGCAAGCCUCAUUGGACUCAAAGGGGCUUCCUUAUGGGUACACAGGUAUAAGGUUGCCCUGUGAAUUUUUCUGAUCCAGUCCCAUGCCCACAGCAGCUAUAAGUUCUGGUGAAGUAAGUGGGAUGUCAUUCUGAAUGUUCAUCCAUAGGAUUGGACCGGAAAGCUUUGUUUUAUUUACAUAAACACAGUAAUUCAGUUCUGGGGUUGAGGACAACAUUCUGCUUUUUGAAGCCAAACUAGCCUAGUUUAAAGUAGUUAUCUCACUAGUCAUCAUAGCACUGAAAUCGUGUGCAGGUCUACUCAAGAGUGGGUCCUCUGGGGCUUACUCCCAGGUAAGUGUGUACAGGAGCAGGUUCAGUCCUGCAGCUACUAUUUCAGCAGGAUUUGCACAGAAAAACCUCUGGGUGGGUUAUGCUCUUGGAGAAGAGUCCUUAUUUAGCAACAUGUUCCUGUUGUGAUAGUAUAACUUUUUUUGUUAUUUAUUUCCACACAUCUUGACUUUCUUCAAAGUUAUGUAUUAACUGCUGGACGCGAACUAGUAUUUGAAUUCUGAAAUGUUUGUACUUGAGAUGUUGUUUGGUUUGUAGUUUUUUUCUGAUUACUGGUAUUAUUUUGGUAAAAAAAAGAAAUACUUCAUGUCAUUUGAUAUUAAUGCCUUCUUCUCUUUCUGAAGCCAGUGAAUACAAAUGUAAUAUAUCUUGCCUUAUGACAACAUUACAUAUCUUGUCUACCUAAAGCAUUAGCCAGUCACUGGUUGUACUAUUAUGGUGAAAAGUAGAGUUUAUAAAUGUGUCGUUACUAAUUGUCAUUAAACUUGAAUGGUGCAAAAUGGGAGUGUGAUCCUGAGAAAAUAUCUGUUCUGUAGGCGUUCUGCGUUCAUGGGUAACAUCUAUAUUUAGCCUUUCUCGCUAAAGUAUCCAUGCAAAAACUUUCUAGGUGGAAGGCAGAGAUUCUCUUGGUCAGAAUUUCUAAAGCAGGGGUGGGGAACCUCAGCCCCGGAGGCUGAAUGUAUAUCCCACUCACUGAAGACCAGUAGUGUGCUGUGUCUGGCAAUUGGUUCUAGUCUGAUGUCUGUCUAAGGGUGAAACUAUAUGUUACGCUUAAUUAUCUCCAUUUGGUCUUAAUUAUAUCCUCAACACAGGGAGAGAGGAGGGCUAUCCUUUCCCAACCACAGCAUCAUCCGGAAAAUUGCUCUCCCAGGGCAACUAUGAGGGCAGGUUUUUUCUUCUCCUUUAAAUAUUCCAUUUGUGGUCUGUAGGUAUGGUGGGCUCUGGAAGCAGAACCAACAGCUGUGACCACUCAUGCGUAUUCCCCACCAAACCACAAUGAAUACCCACCACUUUGCAAACCCUCCCUAAUUUGCAAAUACAUCUGUGUGCAAAUACGCUUUGUCAGU